CAUCACAUGAGGCAACAGCGUUUCUUCUCACCAGCAGAAACUCAUCUUUCAUCGUAUGGAGAAUGUUAAUUGCCAGGGAGCAGAUUCUAUGCUGUGUUAUGAUGAAGAAACCUGCAACAGACCAACCCUUUUGGGAUUGAGGGUUAAAAGCUGAAAUCCCCACCCCCACAUCAUCUUCAAACUCAGAUGCUGCUACCUCACAGCACAGUCGAUACACCACCUACAGUGUUGCUGCACUGACAGCUCGAGAAGCUCUGCCAGCAUUUGCAUAGCCCUCUCUCUGCCAAUGCUCAGCUGUUCAACACAGAUACACACAGGUACUCGAGGUAUACAGGACUAAUUUUGACUUUCAGCUUGAUUAAACAAUCAAUUCCAAAGAGCUCCAGGAUGGAAUGGAAGAUCAGCAGAAUGGAAAGUGAACUGUACCACAUUAAUCCAGAUAUACUUCAGCCAAGCAAGAACUGCAAAGUGCCAUCUGUGACAGUAACCCUUAAUGUUGGAGGCAACUUGUACAUUACACAAAGGCAAACCCUAUGCAAGUACCCUGGCUCUUAUCUGGAAGAAAUAGCAAAUGGAAAAAAGCAGGAUGUCCCUUUAGAUCCAGAAGGGAACCUUUUCAUUGACAGAGAUGGACCACUCUUCCGACAUAUAUUGAACUUUCUACGAACUGGUGAGUUGCUUUUGCCAGAUGGCUUCCGUGAAUGUGGCAUGUUGGCAAGGGAGGCAGAAUUUUAUGGGCUGCAGGCACUAGCAGACACAGCUAAAGAAAGAGAAAUGCGACGGGGUGCAAAUGCAGAGACAGCCUACCUUGAGGUGACAGACAGCCAUGAGAGAUCACAGGGUCUGAAAGUUUUUUGUAGUGACCUGGACUUCAUUGACAAAGUAAAGGGCCGUAUUGUGCAGGUGUCCAAAAGCAGACUGGAUGGUUUUCCUGAGGAGUUUGUGGUUUCUUCUAACAUCAUUCAAUUUCGUCACUUCAUUAAGUCAGAAACAGGUGCUCGGUUAGUGCUAAAAGAGGACAAUACCUUUGUUUGCACCCUGGAGACCCUCAAGUUUGAAACCGUUAUGAUGGCAUUAAGGAGUGGCUUCCACCUACUCACCAGCCUGGACAGCUCCAAAGGAUCUGUUGUGCACUGUGAAGCCCUUCACUUUCUUAAGUAAUUAGAGCACAAAAUUGAGAAUAAUCUUGCUUUUAAAAAAGCAAAAGUGGUCUACAGAAGUAUCAACUGCGGCACAUGAACUGGUUGCUUGGACUGAAGAAUAAGUCUAUUUCAAUGUAUUCCCUUCUUGAAAAUAAAUCUGUCUAUUUUUCUUUUCACAACAGACACCCUGGGGUAGGAAGUAACUGUUGGCUAUACAAUCUUGCAAAUAGACAGCACUUUCUUAACAUGAUUCUAAAUAGGAGACAAAAGAGCAAUGCAGAAUGAAACAUGACUGUUUAAAAAAAUUACUGAGGAAAGAUGGUCAAGAUGUGAAAAAAAUGAACACUGGUAUGUCGUGCAUUAAGUUAUAUACAUAUAUAUCUGGAUGUGCAAUAUGCUGUGAUAACUUUGAAAAAAACAAUUCAAGUAAAAUUUCAAGUAAAGGCUACUAAAGGCUUCUGUGUGCUAAAACUGGCAAUGAACGAUGUUUUUUAAUGUAAUAAAAAUGUAAUGUUCCUCAUUAUUGUGCAGAAUAUGUUAAAUGCAUGUAUAAAAUGAAAAAUAGAAAAAUGCACUUUUGAAUUCAAAUAUGUUAUCAUGUAAAUACCAAUGGUAAUUAAAAGAUUAAUGUGUGGAUGAAAUAUGU